AUGGAAAUAAGUGAUGGAAAGGAGUUUACUGUAAAAUCGCCUCUCAUUCCCUAUUCAGAUUCAACUUUUACAUGUACAAUGCAUAUAUAUGCCAAUGAGGAAUCUUUAAUCCAAAAAAUUGAGUCUUUUAAACUUACUUUUAUAGGGAAUUUAUUCUAUUGAUUUUUAGUGAUAAUCACACUUGGUAUUUAUUUUUUAUUCGACAAAUGAUUUAUUAAGCUUCAUCUUAGAGUUCGUUACAAACGUUCUCCACCAAAUUUAUCCACUCAUUUUUUAAUAACAACUAAAGAUUUCACCAACUUGGUUGAAAUGACCUUAAAGCACUCCAAAACUUUGGGUGAUAUCAUUACUUUUACCCAUCAUGAUUUAUCUUAUUAUUUUGAUGGGAAAUGUUUUCAGCCUCUUUAUUUUAAUGCAGCAAUAUCCUAUUCUUCAAUCAUAGACAGAUAUAGUAAAGGCUACAGCGACGGAGAAUCAAUUCAAGAAAUGCAGUCUCUUUUCGGUUUAUGCCAAAUCGAAAUCCCAUUGAAGUCAUUUUUUCGUCUGGUUUAUGAAGAAGGGACUAGUCCAUUUUAUAUUUUCCAGAUAUUCAGUAUAACGAUAUGAAUGGUUGAUGAUUAUAUCUUAUACUCCUGCUGUAUCAUACUCUUAACCUGCAUUUCAUUAUUCUCAUCAGCAGUUCAAACUAGAAAAAGCAUGCUUGCACUUCAUGAAAUUGCCUUAAAAAUCAUAAAAGUUAAGGUGCUUCGACAAGGAAAUUGGACUGUUCUGGACAGUGCUAACUUAGUUCCUGGGGACGUAAUUGAGAUUCCUCAGCAGCAAGAAAUGCCUUGUGAUACUGUUUUAAUCUCUGGAAGUUGUAUUAUAGAUGAAGCCUCUUUAACAGGCGAAUCCAUUCCUGUUAUAAAAGAUUAAGAUUAAGAUUACGCUGAGUAUUUAAAGUCCCCACUUCGUCCGAGGAAGCAUUCUACGGUUUCCCGUAUGGUGGCAGAGCGUUCACCAAGCCCGGGCCGAAACCCCCGUUUCUCGGUAGAGGUAAAGGCCAAGGGACGUGUCAUACCGUCUUUGCUGACCGCCUCCAUUUCCAACUUGGAUCGUCGCCUAAGUUUACGCCAACACUGCCGCGUCGUCCGCCAGAUCUGCCCAUUGAAGGGCGUCUUUUAACUGGAGAGACUCCCGUUCUGUUGUCUAGCUUGCCCUCCCCUCUUUUCCGGUCAUCCCGAGAAAGAACUCAACAGCUUUCGCCAUUCGGGGCAAGCCACAAAAGCAGCUUAGGCAGGUAAGUCGCCCUGCCUCAUUUCGGCACUCACUGGGCUGAGCGCUGCUGGCAAAAAGAAGUCGCGAGUAACUGCCCAUGGGUUUUGUCACAGAAACAGCGGUCUCCGUGCUUAGACCUCUCGCCUCGAGGUCCAAAACAUUGUUGGGCCAACACACGGCUCCAAAAACCAUGCCGGAUAUACAUGGGUAACCACCACUGAGAGGUGGGUCGGUCGCCGUCCGCCAUUUUAUGUAUAUCCUGUUAUAAAAGAUAAUCUUCCUUAUUUAUCUGAACAUAUUUACAGCAUUGAAGGAGAUAGACAUUAUUCCUUAUAUGAAGGGACUAAAGUAAUCCAAACAAGAAAUUAUGGCCAAGGAGAAGUUAUAGGAAUAGUUACCAGAAUUGGCUAUGCAACAAUGAAAGGGAAAAUGAUCCGCUCAAUUUUAUAUCCAAAGCCAAAUAAAUUUAAAUUCUAUGAAGACGCAAUAAAAUUCAUAGGUGUUCUUGCAAUAAUUUCGAUCCUUGGCUUCAUCAUAUGUAUGCCUAUCAUGAUUUAUCGAGGAGUUCCUAUCUUUCAGAUCAUUAUCCAUUGUUUUGAUUUAUUCACUGAAGCAAUUCCUCCAGCAUUGCCUGCAUGUAUGACUAUAUGUACAGCAAUUUCUAUAUCAAGACUAAGAAAACAAGGGAUUUUUUGUACUGCGCCACAGCGUGUCAAUGUUGCAGGGAGAAUCGAUACUUUUUGUUUUGAUAAAACAGGAACGUUGACAGAAGAUGGCAUGGACUUGUUAGGGGUUCACCCUAAUAUAGAGAGGUCGAUUAAUUUGAUAUAUAACGACUCAUCAUUGAUAAUAAACAGCUCAAAACGUUUGAUUGAGUGUAUGGCCGCCUGCCAUUCUUUGAUUGUUGUAGAUGGAAAAUUGCUUGGGGAUUCUCAGGAUAUACAGAUUUUUAAUUUUACAAGGUGAAGUAUGGAUUUGCCUUUAGCAGAAAAUCAGAAUUCUGAUGUAAAAUUUAUUGUAAAAUCAGAAAAAAAUGAGGGUGAGCUUGGGGUGUUAAGAACUUUUCAUUUUACCUCGAAGCUCAAAAGGAUGGGAGCGAUUGUAAAAAGUUUGGCUGAUGGACAGUUCAUUUUUUAUAUGAAAGGAGCACCUGAGGUAGUAUUAGAAAAAUGCAAUCCUGAGAGUAUCCCUGCAAAUUUAGCAAAAAUUUUAUCAGGAUACACAUGCUCCGGAUAUAGAGUACUAGCUUGUGCUUAUAAAUUUAUUGAUUCUAUUGAUAACUCUGAGUUAAAUUCAAAGCAUAUUACAGACUUUGAAUCAGAUUUAGAGCUUUUAGGACUGAUAAUUCUUCAAAACAAGCUAAAAUCUCAGACAAUUCCUGCAAUCCAAGUAUUGCAUGAGGCUGGAAUCUUAUCUUAUCUUAAUAACCUAUAUCACGUUUAACGUCCACUACCAGGUAGCUCGACCAUAGUUACCCCCAAAACCACUCUGGGGUGAGUUUUUUGCCAUUUUCCUUAGGGCCGUCCAGGCUCAGGUUUUAAUCUCCAAUGAGGACACCAGCCUUGAAGUUUAGGCUUUGACAAUCAAGGCUGGAAUCAGAACAAUAAUGGCCACCGGCGAUGCCAUACUAACCGGAAUUUCUGUUGCCAGAGAAUGUUCACUGAUAGACUCUAGUAUCUCUGUCUAUCUUGGCGAGCUUAGAGAAGGAAAAAUCUUAUGGGAGCUUUUUGGAGUUGAAAAACCAUUAGAAUCUCAUACCAUCAUAGAUCAUCCUUGAAAAUCUCUAAACGAUUCUUAUACUUUAGCUAUGACAGGUGCAGCAUUAUCUCACCUUAUUCAUCUUUCAGAAUCGGGGGAUCAAGACUCUUCUAUAUGUGUUAAAAAUAUCAUAGAAAAAUGCAAAGUUUUCGCAAGAAUGUCGCCAGACCAUAAAAGUUUGCUGAUGGAAAAAUAUCAGCAAUUUGGAAAAACCAUCGGAAUGUGUGGGGAUGGGGCUAAUGAUUGUGGAGCUUUAAAAACUGCUGAUAUAGGGAUAUCGUUAAGUGAAGCUGAAAGUUCUAUUGCAGCACCUUUUACGAGUAAAAUUCCAGAUAUUUCAUGUGUAAUUAAUGUAUUAAGAGAAGGAAGAUGCUCAUUGGUAUCAUCUGUUCAAUGUUUUAAAUAUAUGGCUUUAUAUGCUAUGAUCACCUUUAUUUCUCUUUGUAUAUUAUAUAGUGUAGGAACUGGGACUCAUAAUAAUCAGUUUUUAGUAUAUGAUUUGAUUACUGUAAUGCCACUAGCGAUUGCUAUGACUUAUACAAAGGCUUGCAAUAGAUUAACUUCCUCUUUAAGAAAAAAAUUCUAUUUUUAAUAGAAAUAAACACCAUUUAAUAGUGAGAAAAAAAUAUUGCGAGCUCUUAAAUAUAGGAGUAAGCAAAAAACAGCCUAUAAGUGCUUUAAUUUCAGUUUCAGUAUUAAGUUCAGUAAUAGGCCAAAUUUUGCUUGAAACUGCGACUCAGGCAGCUGUUUAUUUAAUUGCAAGCUGAAUGCCAUUUUUCGAAAAAUCUGAUUAUGAGAGAGGGGAAGACUUGAACGAAUUUUAUUAUAGUUAUCCAAAUACUGUAAUAUUUUUGACAUGUUGAAUGCAAAUGGAGAUGAUCGCUUUGGUGUUUAAUGUAGGAGGGCUUUGAAAGAAACCAUUUUAUACAAAUUUUUUGUUUACUGGAAUUUUUAUUUUUCUUGUCGCUGCAACGACUUAUUCUAUUGUUUAUCCAGCAGAUUGGGUUAGAGAUGUGCUCAAUGUAAGAUUUAUUUAGCUGAAAGACAUUCCUGAAUACUUCAGAUUGAUCCUCUUAGGGAUUUGUGCAAUAUAUGCAAUUUUGGCAUAUAUUUUAGAGCUAGCUCUAGUUCCUUGGAUAGAAAUAGCGUGGUUUGGCUAUCAAUUGAAAAGGAAAAAGAUAUCAAACUUUAAUAAUAAUAAUAUUAAUUAA